CGGGUCACCAGGCAUCAGGUCAUUUGGCUCGACAGCGGGCACCGCGUCAUCUGGCAAGGCAGUGGGCUCGAGUCAACUGGUAUGACCGCGGGCACUGGGUCAGACAUUGGAUCGUCUGACUGGACAGCGGGCAUCGGGUCACCAGGCAUCAGGUCAUUUGGCUCGACAGCGGGCACCGCGUCAUCUGGCAAGGCAGUGGGCUCCGAGUCAACUGGUAUGACCGCGGGCACUGGGUCAGACAUUGGAUCGUCUGACUGGGACAGCGGGCACGGGUCACCAGGCAUCAGGUCAUUUGGCUCGACAGCGGGCACCGCGUCAUCUGGCAAGGCAGUGGGCUCCGAGUCAACUGGUAUGACCGCGGGCACUGGGUCAGACAUUGGAUCGUCUGACUGGACAGCGGGCACUGGGUCACCAGGCAUCAGGUCAUUUGGCUCGACAGCGGGCACCGCGUCAUCUGGCAAGGCAGUGGGCUCCGAGUCAACAGGCACGACAGUGGGCACCGGGGCAUCAGGUACCGGAUUGUCUGGCUCGACAGCGGGCAUCGGGUCACCAGGCAUCAGGUCAUUUGGCUUGUCAGCGGGCACCGCGUCAUCUGGCAAGGCAGUGGGCACCGGGUCACCAGGCAUGACAGCGGGCACUGGGUCACCAGGCAUCAGGUCAUUUGGCUUGCCAGCGGGC